CUCCUCUCCGCACCCCACAAGUCUCGGGGCGCUCCUCUCCGCAUCCCACAAGUCUCGGGGCGCUCCUCUCCGGCUCCCCGGGAUGGGGAGGACGUGACGGGCGCGGUCCCCGCGGGCCAUGGCACUGUGACAGCGGCCACUGCUCCCCUCGCUGCCACCAGCCACCAUGGGCUGCUGCUGCAGCUCGGACUACGACGAGGACUGGAUCGAGAACAUCGACAUUUGUGAGCACUGCAAUUACCCCAUCGAGCCCGACAGCAAGCGCCAGAGGCCGAUCCGCAACGGCUCCGAGGUCCGAGACCCUCUGGUGUCCUACGAGUCCUCGUCACCUCCGUGCUCCCCCAUGCAAGACAAGCUGGUGGUGGCCCUGUACAACUACGAGCCCAAGCACGACGGGGACCUGGGGCUGCAGAAGGGGGAGAAGCUCCGCGUGCUGGAAGAGAACGGGGAGUGGUGGAAGGCGCAGUCCCUCACCACGGGCCAGGAGGGGCUGAUCCCACACAACUUCGUGGCCUUGGUGAACAGCCUGGAGCCCGAGCCGUGGUUCUUCAGGAACAUCAGCCGCAAGGACGCCGAGCGGCAGCUCCUGGCCUCGGGAAACACGCACGGCUCCUUCCUCAUCCGCGAGAGCGAGACCUCCAAAGGCUCGUACUCGCUGUCCGUGCGGGACCUGGACGAGAGCCAGGGAGAGACGGUGAAGCACUACAAGAUCCGGAACCUGGACAGCGGCGGCUUCUACAUCUCCCCCCGAGCCCCCUUCGGCAGCCUCAGGGAGCUGGUGCAGCACUACACAAGCAGCUCCGACGGGCUCUGCUGCCGCCUGGGCAAGCCCUGCCGGACGCAGAAGCCGCAGAAGCCGUGGUGGCAGGACGAGUGGGAGGUGCCGCGGGAGUCGCUGAAGCUGGUGGAGAAGCUGGGAGCGGGGCAGUUCGGAGAGGUCUGGAUGGGAUUCUACAACGGGCACACGAAGGUGGCAGUGAAGAGCCUGAAGGCUGGCAGCAUGUCCCCCAGCGCCUUCCUGGCCGAGGCCAACCUGAUGAAGAAGCUGCAGCACCGGCGGCUGGUGCGGCUCUACGCCGUGGUCACCAAGGAGCCCAUCUACAUCAUCACCGAGUUCAUGGAGAAGGGCAGCCUGGUGGACUUCCUCAAGACCUCGGAAGGAGUCAAGCUCAGCAUCAACAAACUCCUGGACAUGGCAGCACAGAUUGCUGAAGGCAUGGCUUUCAUCGAGGCCAAGAAUUACAUCCACAGGGACCUGAGGGCUGCCAACAUCCUCGUCUCGGACACUUUGUGCUGCAAAAUCGCCGAUUUUGGGCUGGCCAGGCUCAUCGAGGACAACGAGUACACGGCUCGGGAGGGGGCCAAAUUCCCCAUUAAGUGGACGGCACCCGAGGCCAUCAACUACGGGACGUUCACCAUCAAGUCGGACGUGUGGUCCUUCGGCAUCCUGCUCACCGAGAUCGUCACCUACGGCCGCAUCCCCUAUCCAGGGAUGACCAACCCCGAGGUGAUCCAGAACCUGGAGCGUGGCUACCGCAUGCCGCAGCCGGACAACUGCCCGGGGGAGCUGUACGAGCUGAUGAGGCAGUGCUGGAAGGAGAGCCCCGAGGAACGCCCCACCUUCGACUUCAUGAAGAGCGUGCUCGAGGAUUUCUUCACCGCCACCGAGGGCCAGUACCAGCAGCAGCCCUGAGGUGCAGCUGUGGGGUGCUGGGGGUGCCCCACAGACCCCAUGGAUGUCACCCCGGCUGGGGUGGGGAACUCGGUGAGGAUUUGAGGUGCUCCAAAGCUUGGGGGCAGCAGAUUUGAGUCCUUCAGGAGGGGCUGCACGGCCAAAGCAGAUCCCUGAAGGCGCAGGUGCUCUCAGGGUGCCCACCCUGCCAUCCCUGCAUUUCCCAGGGGGAAAAUCCAAGCUCCAGCCCCUCAGGGCUCACCUUCCCCAUUCUGUACCCCCUUCACCCACUUUUGACUCCAUGAAGAGCGUGCUCGAGGAUUUCUUCAGUGCCAUAGAGGGCCAGUCCCUGAGGGCUCUGCUGUGGGGUGCCCCACAGACCCCAUGGACGUCUGAGGGGUCCAGGAUGAGGGUGGGGAACUCUGUGAGGAUUAUUUGAAGUGCUCCAAAGCUUGGGGGAAGCAGAUUUGAGUCCUUCAGGAGGGACUGCAUGGCCAAAGCAGAUCCCUGAAGGCACAGGUGCCCUCAGGGUGCCCACCCUGCCAUCCCUGCACUUCCCAGGGGAAAAUCCAAGCUCCAGCCCCUCAGGGCUCACCUUCCCCAUUCUGUACCCCCUUCACCCACUUUUGACUCCAUGAAGAGCGUGCUCGAGGAUUUCUUCAGUGCCAUGGAGGGCCAGUCCCUGAGGGCUCUGCUGUGGGGUGCCCAAUAGGCCCCAUGGACGUCUGAGGGGUCCAGGAUGAGGUCUGUGAGGAUUUGAAGCGCUCCAAAGCUUGGGGGCAGCAAAUUUGAGUCCUUCAGGAGGGACUGCACGGCCAAAGCAAACC